GUGGAGUUGACAGCUCUGUUUUCCAGAAUCCCAAGAAGCUUCACCUCACAAUUGGGAUGCUAGUGCUUCUGAGUGAGCAAGAGGUCCAGCAGACUUGUGAGCUGCUGCAGCGCUGCAAGGAAGAAUUCAUUAAUGACAUUACGGGGGGCAGACCCCUGGAAGUGGAGAUGACAGGGAUAGAGUACAUGAAUGAUGACCCUGGGGCAGUGGAUGUACUGUACGCCAAGGUCCACAUGAAGGAUGGCUCCAACAGGUUGCAGGAAUUGGUGGAUCGAGUGCUGGAACGCUUUCAGGCAUCUGGACUAAUAGUGAAGGAGUGGAAUAGUGUGAAACUGCAUGCUACAGUCAUGAACACACUGUUCAGGAAAGACCCCAAUGCUGAAGGCAGGUACAAUCUCUACACAGCGGAUGGCAAAUAUAUCUUCAAGGAAAGAGAAUCAUUUGAUGGCCGAAACAUUUUAAAGUUGUUUGAGAACUUCCACUUUGGUUCUCUGAGGCUCAAUUCCAUCCACAUCUCUCAGAGGUUCACCGUGGACAGCUUUGGGAACUAUGCCUUCUGCGGGCAGAUUGACUUCUCCUGAGGUGGACUCUGGAGCCCUGGAUGCUGCAACCCUGUCGAGGGUGGCUACAAAGAAACAAUGACCUCUACAGGACUGCACAGAAAGUUGUAGAAGAAUGUGAGCCCCGCAGCCCUCAGCUGGGCUCCGCUCCUCUUCCUCCUCCCCUUGCUCCUUUUCCUCCACAAACUCUCCUGCCUAUUUCUUACCUCAUGCUUUCUUGGUUCCACCGUUCUGCUCUUCGCUUCUUCCCUGAAGUUGCAUGAAGGUUGCUGGACUGUGAAGACAGUGUCCAGCAUCCAGCGAGACCACCCAGAUCGCGUGUGAAUAAACUGAUUUCAACAGUAGCUGUGCUUUCUGUGAGUCUGGUGUCACCACCAGGGCUGCCCCACUCCUGUGGGAUUCACCUAUUGGUUCCUCUGCUUUCUCCUGGUGGAAUCAUUAUUGAUUUGAGGAUUCAUGAUACCGUGCUGUUAGUUUUCAGUGUCAUCUCACCUCAGCACCUGGGACUGAGUGGCCCAGGAUGGCCCUGAGUCAUGUGAUGCUGCCUGUCCCCCUGUCCUCUCACAGGCCAGUGGGCAGCUGGGCCAGGAGUAAAGAGGUCUUCUUUGGGGUGUCAGAGAUUUAUAACUUAGGUUUAUAGGACACUUUGUUUUUAGGUUUAGUUUUUGGAAAAUGUAACAUUAUAUAUCAAAUACUAAUUUUGUUAUUAGUAAUUGAACUCACAACCUUGAGCUUGCCAGGCAGGCUCUGUGCCACUGAGCUA